GGUUUCCCUCCGCGCCCGGGGCCUCGGCGUGAGGGAGGCGCGCGCGAGGCGGCUGACGGGCGGCCGGUCGUGAGGCGCCCCGGCGGAGCAGCCCCGCGGCGACGGGAUGUUCAAGAACACGUUCCAGAGCGGCUUCCUGUCCAUCCUCUACAGCAUCGGGAGCAAGCCGCUGCAGAUCUGGGACAAGAAGGUGCGGAAUGGCCACAUCAAGCGGAUCACCGACAAUGACAUCCAGUCGCUGGUGCUGGAGAUCGAGGGCACCAACGUCAGGUAGGAAGCGGCUCCACUGGGCGUCCCUGCCCCGCUCCGGCCCCGAAGGCCUUUCCGGCAGGAGCUGCCUCGGGACUUUCGCCUGGGCUUCCCCGCUCCGGCCUCUGUGCUGGAUGAUAAAAAUGUGCGCCGGCGGUUCCGUGCCAGUAACUACCAAAGCACCACCCGGGUGAAGCCUUUCAUCUGCACCAUGCCCAUGCGCCUGGAUGAUGGCUGGAACCAGAUCCAGUUCAACCUGUCGGACUUCACUCGCCGGGCCUAUGGCACCAACUACAUUGAGACCCUGAGAGUCCAGAUCCAUGCAAACUGUCGCAUCCGCAGAAUUUACUUCUCUGACAGACUUUACUCUGAGGACGAGCUUCCUGCUGAGUUCAAACUUUACAUUCCUGUCCAGAACAAGGCAAAGCAAUGAUGGCGUGAUGGGAAGCCUCCGGCAGAAACAGUGUGAAGAUGCUGAUGGAAGAGUAUUUUUUUUAAAUUAGAAACAAAAUGUAGGUGUGGAUUUCCUGGAGUAACUAUAUUUAAUAACAGUUGGUAUCUGUGAUGCUGGGACCAAACAAAACAAAAUAUAUCAUUGUUCCGUGUGAGAGAUGAAUCGGGCUCCACUUUGAAGUUGUGGAUCACUCCUAGGGAGACCAUGAAUCGUGGAACUGAUUUGCCUGGCAAGUGGAGGGUUUUGUUGAAGCAGUUCUGAAACCCUGGUGCCCACACAGAUGCCAGUGGUUUCCUUCUUUGCUCUGUCUCUGUGUUUGCCCUAAGUGCGUGUGAGCUACUCUUGUCCUGGAAGCUGCUAUUAAAUAUUUGAUUUUCUUUGUAA